CCUUUUAGUAUUAGACGAGCCAUCGAGUAUCAAAGAUGCAAAAAUCAAAAGACAAGGCAAACACAGCCAAUCAGAAAUUCUACUCGACAGACUAUGAAUACCAGAAAAACGUGAAUCUGAGCAUUGAAUACAAUCGUUGGUUAUUAAAACCAAUGGGUGUUUGGCCAAAUUCGUAUACAUUACGAUCGAAAGAUUAUCUGUAUUGGCUUAUAAAUAUCGUCUGUUACUCUUUAAUCAGUUUCCUCUUCAUUCCUUGCACGCUAUAUCUGUUCCUUGAAAUUGAAGAUUUUUACGGCAAACUGAAACAAUUCGGUCCUUUGAUCUUCUGUAUGAUGGCAUUCGUAAAAUAUUAUUAUCUAAUUGCCCACAAAACCGAUAUUCGCGAAUGCGUGGAAAGGAUCAAGUGGGAUUGGAAGAACAUCACAUACGCAAAAGACAAAGAGAUCAUGAUAACUUAUGCGAAUUUUGGACGAAAGCUGGUGGUCGUUUGUACGUUUUUCAUGUACAGUGGCUUCGCCUUUUAUUACAUCGCCAUACCGAUCAGCGUGGGCAGAGUCAAAACGGAUAAUCUCACCUUCAUCCCUUUGGUGUUCCCUUUCUCGAGAUUCAUCGUCGAUACCCGUUACAGCCCGACCAACGAAAUUGUAUUUUCCAUCCAAUUGAUGGCCGGUGCUUUGAUGCAUGGAAUCACAUCGGCUGCUUGCAGUUUAGUGGCUACAUUUGCGGUUCAUGCUUGCGGCCAGAUGCAGGUGUUGAUGAACUGGUUGCAACAUUUGAUAGACGGCCGAUUGGACAUGGACGAGCGUUUGGAUGGUAGAAUCGCGGACGUCAUAUGCCAACAUGUUCGAGUCCUAAAAUUUUUGGCGCUUACCGAAAAAACUCUACAGCAAAUUUCUUUCACCGAGUUUUUGGGUUGUACGCUAGAUAUAUGUCUGGUUGGAUAUUACGUUAUUAUGGAAUCGAAAUCGAAUGAUGUCACGAGCGUAAUAACCUACGUAAUUUUACUUAUAUCACUUACGUUCAAUAUUUUUAUAUUUUGUUAUAUAGGCGAGAUCGUUGCUGAAGAGUGUAGGAAAAUUGGCGAAAUAUCGUACAUGAUCGAGUGGUACCGAUUGAUGGGGAAUAAAAAGCUUUUUUGCAUUUUAAUCAUCGCAAUGUCUAAUUCCUCGAUAAAAUUGACAGCUGGAAAUAUCGUGAAUUUAUCUAUCAGCACGUUUACCGAUGUGGUUAAGACAGCGGUAACUUAUUUAAACGUACUUCAAAAAACAACUUGAAAAUUUCUAAGUAUGUUUUUUUAUAUUCAUUGAUGUGCGUGUUUAAAAAAUCUUUACUGUUAUAUACUCGUUUUAUAUUUGUGCUUUUUAUACAUGUUGUUCCAAAUAAUGAGUGAUUGUUGAUUGUCUUGAAUGUUGAACAUUUUUUCUAUCAUUUAAAAGGAUGUAAAAAAUCAUGUUUUAUAAUGAUGUUAAUAAUAAAAAAAUG